AUGUCGACCGCGAAUAAGACCCGCGUUCGCCGCCAUUCUUUCUCCGCCUUUGGGCACCACCGUCACCGAAAUAUCCCACACAGCACCACGAGCCAUCCCGACAACCCCAUUCCCGUCGAGCCCGCCAGAAGCGAGGCCAUGCACAUUCCCCUCGACGCUCAAGUCUACCUGAGCAACCUGAGCGCCAUGGCCACCAGUCCCAGAUCCAGCGGCGACAGCCUCUCCCGUUACGCAGACCAUGCCACCACCACCAGCAGCGACUCCGACUCUCCCUCGACGCCUGCGACCGAACGGAGCGAUCUCGCCGAUGACUCGAUGAUUCAACAGAUGAAGCAGCUGUCCCUCGGCAAGCCUUCUCUCCCCAGGAAGCGAAGAGCAAGCACUACCUAUGCAUCCAACGUUCAAGACAUCAGAGAUCUGAUCGGCUCCGGAGCUGGCACCAAGUUCCUACAGAAAUACUGCUGCGGCGAGGGCUGCUGCAUGAUUGAAUCACUCCCACUGCACACGGAUGAGGUGACGUUCGCUCCCAUCAUCACGCCAAGCAACGACGCCUACCGAUUCCUCAACCUGGACUUGCGCUCUCUCUCGCUCGACACACAAUUGACCAAGAUUGUCCAUCUUCCCGAGAAGAAGGUGUCCUUCGGCACCGUUAGGAGAGAAUCCAUCACCGACAAGUUCCCGCAGGAGGCCCAGCACAGGCACGAUGCCGUUGAGGUUGGCAUGUAUCCGCCAGAGUACAUGAAGCCACAUCCACCUUACAACAUCUUCAAUGCCCCUCUAUAUGGAGCCCGUGAGCUCACCAAGCCGGGCGCUGAGAAGAGGACGUUUCACUUCGAUAUCGAUGUCACAGAUUAUCCCGAAGAAGGUGGCGUGGACUUCAAGGUUGGCGGCGCUGUUGGCGUCUGCCCGCCCAACGACCCCGACGUCGUCGAAGAUAUCAUGAAUCAACUCGGCAUUCCUCGAUUCCAACGAGACAAGGCGAUUCGACUACAUACGACGGGAGGCCGCUGGCCAACCAUCUGGGGCGACGAGCAAGCGAGAGAACUGGUGACCACUCGAAGGGAAGUCUUGACCUGGACUGUUGACAUAUCGUCUACGGCACCGACGAAGCCCGUGCUCAGGCUCCUUGCUGAGUAUGCCUCGGACCCGAACGAGAAGAAGAUCCUUCAAUACCUUUGCAGCGCUCAAGGCCAGGCCACUUUCUGCGACCUGCGAACGGGUCCUCAUACCACUCUGCAACAGCUCUUGCACGCUUUCCCUUCCGCGAAACCGCCUCUCGAGGGCCUUUGCGGCGUUCUGACCCAGCUGAUGCCUAGAUUCUACUCCUUGUCCAACGACCCUCAUGUCUCAUCAGCCCGCGAGGGCAUUGCUGGUCGCCGUCUGAUCGAGGUAGCUGUCACGGUUCACGAGGCCGACAACUACAGCGGUGGCAAGCGCACUGGAGUUGGGUCUGGCUUUUUGGAGAGACUGGCAAUGAAAUUCAUCGAGCAUGACGAGAAGGCACAGAAAGAGGCUGCAGCACAAGGCUUCACGCUCAAUCCCGGCGUCGGAGGUCGCCGCCUCAACCUGCACCUACCCAUGUUCCGCGGUCUGAUGUCCAACCCCCUGUCCAAGGAAUUCGUCAGCGAUGGCCCGAUGGUCCUCAUCGGCGCUGGGGUUGGCAUGGCGCCCUUCCGAGGCUUCAUCCUCAACCGACUUAAGAAUGCCAGCUGCGCGAACAAGAUCUGGCUCAUCCAGGGUAUCCGCGACAGCAUGCUCGACGAAAUCUACCGCGGCGAACUUGGAGCUCACGAGAAGGACAUCAAGAAGGUCGUUCAAUCUCGCGCACAGGCACUGCCUCCGGUAUCAGAAACUGAAGAUGGUGUCGACCAGCCCAAUGACGAUGAAUCGCGCCCCCCGGAGGUCACCGACCCGAAGAAGCAGAACAAAGUGGCCAAGUACGUCCAGGAUGAAGUGCGAAUGCAGGCCGACAUAGUGUGGUUCGUCAUCAACUCCAUCGAUGGGCGCAUCUUCGUCUGUGGCUCUACGAAGGGUAUGGGCGAGGGCGUUGAGGAGGCCCUGGUUGACGUGGCCAUGGACAAGGGCAAUCUGGACUACGAGACUGCCAAGCAGUUCUGGUCUGGAAAGAAAGAUGCUGGGCAGUAUAUUGCCGAGACGUGGUGA